AUGGAUUUCCUGCUACUCGAAGCCACCCACAGACUAAAGACACAGUUCAACCCCGUCGACAUCAAGCUCAACCGAACCCAAUACGACUCCAGAGAUGAAAUCGUUGGCAGCUUCACCGUUCACAGGCUCACUCCCCGCCUUCUCAGCUCGAUAGAAUUCAAUGAGAGUCUCAUUGAGUUCUACCUCAUUGGCACUCAUCAGUACAAGAAGCAGAAGAAGGAGGUUAUCAAGGAGAAGAUCAAGUUCACUUACACAUCUACCUCGACUGAUUAUCUACAUUACUCAUUUGUUCACAAUCUAAACGUCAAAGCGCCCACUCUAUAUAAUGGAGAUGCCAUGGUUAGCUACAAACUCGCCCUGGAAGUCAAAGAUCGAGCCAAAGACCCUCGGUUGUCCUGCUUCUACCCCAUUAAAGUGGACUUGACGACUUCUGAAAGCGAUCUCGACCCUCAAGACCUUGCAUCUCGAAAGUUCCAGUUCUCACUGUACAGCCUAAAAGUGCACCCAAUCACAAAGGAGAACAGCUACUUUGAACUCACGUCACUAACGUGUCCAGGCCCUGUUGUCAAGACUGUUUCCUACAAGUUGUAUGCUGUCACAAACGGUUCGAGACAAAGGAUCUCAAAAGGCGAGGUUGAGCUAAGAAAGCCAUUGUCUGACAUGAAGAUUCCCAUCCACCUCAAGUCUAUGCCUCCUGCGAGCUUUGAGACUGAGCUUAUCAGUCACACUUUCUUCUUGGAGGUCAAAAUCAAGGGUCAGUCUAAGGACAGCUCUAGCAAAGUAAGUGUUCCUGUUGAUGUCUUCGCCAUCAAGAGUGACCCGUCUCCACCACCUUACGCUCUUUAG